GUUGUAUCGAUCCACCCCACCCCUCGACGACGUACCGCUGGCGGUGGAAACACGCAGGCCGCCGUCUCGUCUUUCUCCACAAACAGAUGUCGGAUGGCCACCGUGAAGAAAGACAACAGACUGACGCCAUCCCAGAGCUUGUUGUGCGUGGGAUUCGCGGGCGUGGCGAGCAAGAGCGUGACCUCCCCGCUGGAGGUGGUGAAGAUCAAAAGUCAGGUGGGAACUUUCCACUGCAAAAAGGGCUUUUGGCAAACUUUCGCCCUCGUCUACCGUCAUGAGGGACUUAAAGGCUUCUGGAAGGGGAACCUGGCGUCUUGUCUGCGGUUGUUGCCUUACACCGCCGUGCACCUGGCAACUUAUAAGAAGAUAGUUCACAUUCACAUGGACGAAGUGGGCUUCAUCUCCCAGGCCAGGGCCGUGGUGGCGGGGGGCGUGGCCGGCGUGGCGGCUGCCUUCCUCACGUACCCCCUGGAGGUGGCCGAGACCAGGCUGAUGGUGCAGAACCGCCGCCAGCCCACAUACGUGGGAGUUCUGCACACCAUGUCCAAGGUCCAGCGCGCUGAAGGGCUGCCGGCUCUCUACAGGGGCUUCUCCCUCACCGUCCUGGGCGCCUUCCCCUUCUCCCUGGGCUGCUACGCCAUCUACAUGAACGUGGACAAACUGUGGCAGGAGCAUCCUUCUCGCUUCUCACCUCUCCAGAACUUUCUGAACGGCUGUCUGGCAGCGGGCGUGGCCCAAACGCUCUCCUACCCCUUUGAGACCGUGAAACGCAAGAUGCAAGCGCAGAGUUCCUGUCUCCCCCAUUUUGGUGGCGUCGAUGUGCAUUUUAGUGGUGUUACCGACUGUUUUGUUCAAGUGGUGAAGAAUAAGGGCAUCUUCUCACUCUGGAGUGGCCUGACGGCCAGCACCAUAAAGAUCCUUCCCUACUUCGGCCUCCUAUUCGCCUGCUUCGAGCUCUGCAAGCAGGCCUGCCUCUACCACAACGGCUACAUCGUGUCGCCACUCAGCUACCAGCCGGCGCCGGGCGUGGACCAGAGCCUGGGUCCUGCCGAGCUGCGGGAGGCCAAGCGCUACCUGAGGAACUACGGGGCGGGGGCGGGGCAGACCGAAGACUUUUGGGACCGGCUGGUGAAAAGCUCUCAUAAAUGAAGGUUUGUGGAAGACACUUCAUUAGGUACACCAACCAAUGAGGUCCUACUAUGAGCUGGACACUUCAUUAGGAACACCACCCAAUGAGGUCCUAUUGGGAGCUGGAAACUUCAUUAUGUACACCACCCAAUAAGGUCAUACUGGCAGCGGGACACUUCAUUAGUACACCACCCAAUGAAGUCCUAUUGGGAGCCGGACACUUCAUUAGGUACACCACCCAAUAAGGUCCUAUUGGGAACCGGACACUUCAUUAGGUACACCACCCAAUGAGGUCCUAUUGGGAGCUGGACACUUCAUUAGGUACACUACCAGAUAAUAUCAUACUGGCAGCGGGACACUUCAUUAGGUACACCACCCAAUGAGGUCCUAUUGGGAGCAGGACAUUUCAUUAGGUACACCACCCAAUGAGGUCCUAUUGGGAGCAGGACAUUUCAUUAGGUACACCACCCAAUGAGGUCCUAUUAGGAGCCGGACACUUCAUUAGGUACACCACCCAAUGAGGUCCUAUUAGGAGCCGGACACUUCAUUAGGUACAACAGCCAAUAAGGGUAAUUUUUGAUUGACCCUUUUUUAGAGAGGUUGCACUCUUAACUUUAUUUUUAUUUAUUUUGUUUGCCACUCUCGUAGUGCCAAUGUCAUCAAGAUUAUAGAAACCAUUCAGUCCACAAAUGUACCCUCACUGUAUUUGAUGUUCUCGCCAAGCAUUUUAAUCUGUUUGGAUAUUGUCCAAUUUCGUAACACACCUGCACGAUUCAUGACACUAAAUCAUAAGUUACACAUGCCGGGAGCAAAUUUCUACCUCCUAACCUGCUUUACAAAACACAAAAGCAGUGAAGGUGUCACGUUGUGUGAAUAGUAAAUAAAAAGAGAAUACAAUGAUUUUAAAAUCCUUUUCAACUUAUAUUUUAAAAUGUAUUAUACAUAUAUUAUUGUGUUAUUAUUGAAUAGACUGCAAGACAAGAUUUUUAUCGUUCACACUGGGUAAACGUUGUUAGUUUUUGCAAAUAUUAGAAUUUGAUAGCUGCAACAUGUUUCAAAAAAGCUGGCACAAGUGUCAAAAAAGAGUGAGAAAGUGGAGGAAUGCUCAUCAAACACUUAUUUGGAACAUCCCACAGGUGAACAGGCUAAUUGGGAACAGGUGGGUGCCAUGAUUGGGUAUCAAAGCAGCUUCCAUGAAAUGCUCAGUCAUUCACAAACAAGGGCGGGGCGAGGGUCACCACUUUGUCAACAAAUGCCUGAUCAAUUUAGGAACAACAUUCUAUCUGUGUUAGUGUGAUGAGGUGGCAACUUGUCCAGGAUGUACCCGGCCUACCGCCUGAAUGCAGCUGAGAUAGGCUCCAGCACCCCCUGCGAUCCCCAAAGAGACAAGCGGUAGAAAUGGAUGGAUGGAUGGAUUACUCAACCAGAUAUUGCAAGGAAUUUAGGGAUUUCAACAGCCACGAUCUGCAAUAUCAUCAAAAGUGUCAGAGAAUCUGGAGAAAUCACUGCACGUAACAUUGAAUGCUCCUGACCUUCAAUCCCUCAGGCGGUACUGCAUCAAAAAGCGACAUCAGUGUGUAAAGGAUAUCACCACAUGGGCUACGGAACACUUCAGGAAACCACUGUGUAGUAGGUACAGUUGGUCGCUACAUCUGUAAAUGCAAGUUAAAACUCUACUAUGCAAAGCGAAAACCAUUUGUCAACAACACCCAGAAACGCCGCCGGCUUGGCUGGGCCCCGAGCUCAUCUAAGAUGGACUGAUGCAAAGUGGAAAAGUGUUCUGUGGUCUGAUGAGUCCACAUUUCAGAUUAUUUUUGGAAACUGUGAACGUCGUGACCUCUGGACCAAAGAGGAAAAGAACCAUCGGGAUUUUUUAGACGCAAAGUGUAAAAGGCGGCAUGUGUGAUGGUAUGGGGGUGUAUUAGUGGCCAAGGCAUGGGUAACUUACACAUCUGUGAAGGCACCAUUAAUGCUGAAAGGUACAUACAGGUUUUGGAGCAAUCCAAGCCACAUUAUCAUGGACGCCCCUGCUUAUUUCAGCAAGACGAUGACAUGCUGCGUGGUACAACUGCGUGGCUUCAUAGUAAAAGAGUGCGGGUACUUUCCUGGCCCGCCUGUUGAAAAUGUAUGGUGGCUAAAAUAUGAGAGGGGAGACUGUUGAAAAAAUUAAGCUGUACAUCGAGCAAGAAUGGGAACAAAUUCCACUUCAAAAAUGUGUCUCCUCAGUUCCCAAACCUUUACUGAGUGUUGUUAAAAGGAAAGGCCAUGUAACACACUGGUAAAAAUGCAUUUUUUGCAAUGUGUUGCUGCCAUUAAAUUCCAAGUUCAUGAUUAUUUGCGAAAAAAUAACAAAGUUUACCAGUUCGAAUGUUAAGUAUUUUGUCUUUGCAGUCCAUUCAAUUGAAUAUAAGUAAAAAAGGAAGUUUUUAUUUACCAUUUACACAACGUGACAACUUCCCUGCUUUUGGCUUUUGUACAAACUGUCAUGACCUCCACUGCAAGUAUAGUGCCAUUAAACACAUGAAGCCCCCAAAACCUGGACGGACUAAAGGACUGGAGUGUCCUGCUGCUACAGUCUUAUUAAUACACAACGUGCCUUCCAAGUUGUGUCUUACAGCGACGACGUCACAACCCCAAGUGACAAGAGUCAGUAUUUCAGAGCGUGUGGAUGUUUUCAACCAGCAGGUGAGCUUCAAGUUGGAGUCUCGCUGGAGAGCAAUAAACUUCACCUUGA